AAUUGGCAUGUAAAGGCCCUUCAUGAAAGUCAUCACUGAAACUGAGAGAAAAAUGAUGAUGAACUUCGUGAGUAGUAAUUGAUGAGUAGCAGAAAACAUGUUCACCUUUUCUCUAGCAAAAAAUGCAUUUGAAGAAAAUAAGACAAGAAGAAAUGGUGUCAAAUUAGGAUUUAGAACAUCCUUGAAAGACAAUAUAGAGAUGCUUUUGCAGAGGUAUUUAUGGAGGUGAGAGGAAAUAAGAGUGCAUGAACAGGGAAGUAAAGAAGGGCCAGCACAACUUCAACUGCCAGGCUCAGAGGUUCCUUGGAGUAGCAUUUAAGACUCUCUCUCUCUCUCUCUCUCUCUCUGCACUUGAUCUUCUUUGCACACCACCUGUAUACUGAUAUACCCACCCAAAGACCCUUUUACAAAGAAAAAAAAGAAGAUGAUUUAUAAACAGAAAGUUAGAUUGGUGCUUUGAUGGUUUUUGGUUGAGACAGAAAAAUGGGAUACAGUUUUCAGAUUCUCCACAUGAUUUUCAUCGUAUCUUUUUUCUUUUCAUUACCCAAUGCUCACAUUAUUACUGCUGAUGCUUUACCAGAUGCAGCAAAGGACUUCAGUGUUCAUGGCCUACAACAAAUGUCUUUCAUGGAGGACAAUAUUGAUGGGAUCCAAAGCCUGCACAUUGAGAAAGUUUCAGGGGAAGAUGAGAAUGAAGAGAAUGCAAUCUCAGUUGUGGAAAAGUUCAGAGCUUUACUUGGUUUGAUGAGCUUCCAAAAGAAAAUGCCAUCAGUUGGUGACACUGAAAAUGUGUCUCCAUCACCUUCUCCAUCACCCUUCAGUGAAGCCGAGGCUCCAAGUCCAGCUCCUGCUCCUGCUCAUGUGCUGCACAUCCAUGCACAUUCACAUCCUCCACAUCGCUUGCACUCAAUCCCAAAGCCUCACACAAUUCCAAGGGAGAGUAAAGGCAGAAUACUUGUAGCAAUUCUUGUUUCUGCAGGAGCUGCCACUGUGAUUUGUGUCCUUAGCCUCAUUUGGGCUUGCAGGAAGUACAAAAAAGCCAAGAAGAAACCCACAAGAGUUAUUUCAGUGUACAGCAAAAAGGGAGGAGCAAGAGGUGGAUCAAAGUAUGGUACUUCCCAAAAAUCAGCAAGCAAGGUGAGCUUAAACCCUGGCACCACUGAUCUCAUGUAUAUUGAAUCAUUAGGCAUGGAUUUAGAGCAACAACAGCUUUCGUGUCCUAAGGAAACAUGUGAAACUGUAAACACAUCACCAAAUCUUAGCACAGCAAGAUGUACAUUUCUUGAGAGGGAAGAGCCAAACCAAGAACUGAUAAAAUCAGAAUUUGAUGACAAUGCUAGUAGUAGUUCUUCCACAAGGGAAAUUAUGUCUGUUCAUGAGGAUAUUGCAGAGCCAAUCAAAUAUGAAUCUAAUUGUGCUAAUUCCUCAACUACGGAAAAAGUUAUUCCCAUUGAUUCUUAUUCCUCUGAUGAUGAAUCAUUCCAUUCUUUUGGAGACUCAAAUUCAUCAAACAUCCGGCUUUCGAAUGCUUCAGCAGGUAGUCUAGGUGAUGCAUCCGACAUUCUCUCCACAAUUGUGUCAAACAGAGAACCUUGUUUAGCACCCUCUUUUAUGAACUUACCAGAUCAACCAGCAACCCCAAACCAAAACCCAACUCCAGUUCUGGAUUUACAGUCUCCAAGAAAUGCAGAACACAAGAUACCAACUGCACCAUGCUCUUCCAAUUGUGAAAAGAAUUUCACAUCCCCUCCAGCACCACCCCCUCCACCCCCACCCCCAAUCAUACACUUUCCUCCUUUCCAUCCUUCUUCUAGUUCAGCUAGAAUUGCAUCCAAAGCUUCAUGCUCUUCUUCUACAUUGCCAAAUCUAUCAUCUCCAAGACAAUCAGAUUCUUCUUCUGGAUCAAACCAAACCCCAGAAGGUGGAUUUUCGGUUUUGCCUCAAAACCCCUCUGGACCUUCAGAAACUCCACCUCCUAUUCCUCCACCACCUUGCCCACCUCCCUUUUCGAAAGUAAAUAAUAGCUUUUCCAGAGGUCCACCUCCUCCACCACUCCCUCAAUCUACAACACUGGGAAAAGAUGGAACUCCAUUGCCUAAACUGAAGCCGUUACACUGGGACAAAGUUAGAGCUGCACCUGACCAUUCUAUGGUGUGGGACAAACUGAGAUCAAGCUCAUUUGAGUUGGAUGAGGAAAUGAUUGAAUCACUUUUUGGGUACAAUCUACAAGGCUCAAUGAAGAAUGAUGAAGCGAAAAGCAAGAGCCCUUCCCCAAGCAAGCAUGUGCUUGAGCCAAAGAGACUACAGAACAUAACCAUACUCUCAAAAGCCCUGAAUUCUACGGCCGAGCAAGUAUGUGAAGCACUUGUACAAGGAAAUGGCUUGGGUUUACAACAACUGGAAGCACUUGUAAGGAUGGAACCCACCAAGGAAGAAGAGGCUAAGCUCUCUGGCUACAAAGGAGACAUCAAUGAACUAGGAUCAGCAGAGAAGUUUGUGAAGGCAGUGCUUAAAGUACCCUUUGCCUUUCUACGAGUCGAAGCGAUGCUUUACAGAGAAACUUUCGAAGAUGAGGUCGUUCAUCUCAGGAACUCCUUUUCAGUGCUAGAGGAGGCCUGCAAGGAACUGAGGUCAAGCAGGCUCUUCUUGAAGCUACUCGAAGCGGUGUUGAAAACUGGCAAUCGGAUGAAUGUGGGAACUAUCAGAGGAGGAGCUAAAGCAUUCAAGCUAGACACUCUCCUCAAGCUCUCUGAUGUAAAAGGAACUGAUGGGAAAACUACCUUGUUGCAUUUUGUUGUCCAAGAAAUAAUAAGGGCAGAAGGAAUUCGAGUCUCAGAUAGCAUUAUGGGGAGGAUCAGCCAGAAAAACAAAAUCAAAACUCUAGAAGAGAAGGAAGAAGAUUACAGAAGAAUGGGGCUAGACCUUGUUUCUGGUCUCAGCACUGAGCUCUACAAUGUGAAGAAGACAGCUACACUAGACUUGGAUGUUCUUGCAAGCAGUGUCUCAAAUCUAUCAGAUGGGAUGGCCAAAAUAAAACAUCUAAUACACAAGGAGCUAUGCAUGGAUGAAAAAAGUGGGAAUUUGAUCAGUUCCAUGAAAUCUUUCAUAAACUAUGCAGAGAAGAGCUUGAAAGAGUUGCAGGGUGAUGAGAACAGGGUCCUGUCACAUGUGAAAGAGAUCACAGAGUAUUUUCAUGGGAAUGUGAGCAAAGAAGAAGCCAACCCACUUAGGAUAUUUGUGAUUGUUAGAGACUUUUUGGGCAUGUUAGAUAAUGUUUGUAAAGAGCUUAGGAGCUCAAAAGCCGCACGCACUCCAAAUCCUCUUGCUCCAUUCCGAUAGAUUUUAUUGUUUGGUGUGUUCAUAAGAUGCAAGCAUUCUAUUCUUUAAGCUGGUUUUGAAUUUUUUUA